CUCAAGUGCGCGGGGGCUCGCCGGGCGCCUCUUCGCGGGCCGAGCGAGGCCUCUCCUCGGCGCGGCGUGGAGUGGGGUCGCCGGGCAGGCGCGGGCAGCCAGCGUCAGCUCCCGCCGCAGCCAUGGCCCUGCUGCAGCCAGCCCGGCUCCUGCUCGCUGCCGCGGCCCAGCGCCACCUCUGCCUGGCCCCCGGCGCGGCCAGAGCCAGCUCCUGGUGGUCUCAUGUGGAGAUGGGACCCCCUGAUCCUAUUUUGGGGGUGACUGAAGCCUUUAAACGAGACGCCAAUGCUAAGAAGAUGAACCUGGGUGUUGGGGCAUACCGGGAUGAUAACGGGAAGCCAUAUGUCCUGAACAGUGUUCGCAAAGCAGAGGCCCAGAUAGCUGCUAAGAAGAUGGACAAGGAGUACUUACCCAUUGCAGGGCUGGCGGAGUUCAAUAAGGCAUCAGCUGAGCUGGCACUGGGUGACACCAAUGAGGUUAUCAAGAAUGGCCGGUAUGUCACCGUACAGACGAUUUCUGGGACUGGGUCUCUAAGAGUUGGAGCCAGUUUCUUGCAACGAUUCUUCAAGUACAGCCGUGACGUGUAUCUGCCCAAACCAUCCUGGGGCAAUCACACCCCCAUUUUUAGGGAUGCUGGCAUGCAGCUGCAUGCCUAUCGCUACUAUGAUCCCAAGACCUGCGGCUUUGACUUCGCUGGAGCCUUGGAUGACAUUUCUAAAAUUCCUGAGCAGAGUGUCAUUCUCUUCCACGCGUGCGCUCACAACCCCACUGGUGUGGACCCCCGACCAGAGCAAUGGAAGGAGCUAGCUGCUGUGGUGAAGGAAAAAAAUCUCUUUGCAUUCUUUGACAUGGCGUACCAGGGCUUUGCCAGCGGGGAUAUAAACCGGGACUCUUGGGCUGUGCGUCAUUUUAUUGAGCAAGGCAUUAAUGUUGUUCUAUCUCAGUCCUACGCCAAGAACAUGGGCCUUUAUGGGGAGCGCGUGGGUGCCUUCUCAGUGAUCUGCAAGGAUGUGGAUGAGGCCAAGAGGGUGGAAUCCCAGCUAAAGAUCCUGAUCCGCCCCAUGUAUUCAAACCCACCCAUCAAUGGAGCUCGUAUUGCCUCCACCAUCCUGACGAGUCCCGACCUGCGGAAGGAAUGGCUGGAAGAGGUGAAGGGGAUGGCUGACCGAAUCAUUGACAUGCGCAACCAACUGGUGGCCAACCUCAAGAAAGAAGGCUCCUCCCACAACUGGCAACACAUCACUGACCAGAUCGGCAUGUUCUGUUACACAGGGCUGAAACCUGAACAGGUGGAGCGACUAACCAAGGAGUUCUCCAUAUACAUGACAAAAGAUGGCCGGAUCUCCAUGGCAGGGGUCACAUCUGGCAACGUGGGUUACCUAGCUCGUGCAGUACACCAGGUCAGCAAGUAAAUAUGGUGGAGCAGACGGCCUUCCCUUCAACGGUCUUUGGACUUUCUAAUGCAAGAAGAAGGAGAAAUGCAUUUGGGUCCUUGGGGCAAGCGGAAUAUUUACUUUCAACCACAGCACUUUGUCAUUUAAUGUAUCUCGUGUACAAGGCCGCAGCUAGCAGCAUCAACGCUUCGUAGCCAAAGCCACCUGACCUUUCUGAUGGGGAUGUCACUGGUUCCUGCUCCUCUCUUAAGCAGUAUCUUCUCGUGUUAUGCACCCUCUCCCCUACACAGGCACCCUUCAGGCUUUAAAUGUCUUGGCAGAACUACUGCAUGUAGAAUGAUGGAACUUGGACCAAGAGCACUGGGCGCCGAGUGGCGUCUCUGUGCCCAUCCAUUACUUGGGAGGGGAGAAGGCUUCAUAACAUAGUUCAGUUACUGUUUUUAAAUGAGCUAGAACAGGAUCAAGAUCCCGUCCUCCCACUCUCAAAGGAGAUCAAGUAAAGCAUCACUGCAUUCAUGUAAUCAGGGGAAACCUGUCCUUAUACAUUGUGGUGGGGAUAGAGCAAAAGCUUGAGCUGUGUGAGCCAGUGCAGCCCAAGUGUCCCUUUGUACAGCAUGUCUGCUUGUUUUGCUCCCGUCAUUCAAGGAAGGUCACUGAAGCUGCAAACUCUGUACGUAAUUGAAGGUUUUUAGAGUCUGCUCCUCAUGGGCAGCGGGUGGAGCCCCUAUUCAGGGAGCCUAGUCCCUAGCUCUGCCACUUCUGCCGCCACCCCCUUCUCCCCCAAUGGCUGGAGCCCUGAGCCCCCACACCCAGCCUGCUUGGAGGAGCCCCAGGUUAGUGUGUAUAGUGCAGUUUCUGCAUAAUAAGCACAAAUUUCCACCAUGAAACCCACAACCGGCGGCGUCCGCCAGCAGCAGCUGCACUACGGGAGGUUAAGCCUCCCCUUGCUUAUUAUACCCAUCACCCAUGCUGCUCCUCCAGAUUGGUAGGUGUAGGGGGAGUGAAUAUGGUAUACAAGUCUUGCUUGGAAAAACAGCUUUUGAUCAAGUGUCCUAGAAAACAGCUUGAGAUCCCAAAUAAUUAACCCUCAGCCUGGGUGGACUUGCAUCAGCAUCAAUUUUUAAAAUUGCUUCCUCCUUACCUGUCAGAGUGCUACAGAUGACUGCCUGUACCACCUUUACAGCAAUAGAAGCAUGAAAGGAGAGAGCGCUUUUCAGAGAGUGCGUGCAUGAGGGAUACUUACUACACAGUCACAAUCUGAAUGCCACUUCUGGGGUUGAUUUUGUCUCUAACAAUUGCAGAAAGAACACAAAGGGUCUGAAUUUGCUUCUGAACGAGUAAAACUGAAAAGCUUUAGGGAACUCCUGAUAUCAAAGCCUGAAUAAUUCCUGGCCUUUCUUUCUAAUCAGGAAUCUCAUCUCUGUUCAGAAAAAGUAGUGGUGCUGUUAGGGCAUGUAAGAUAGAUCAGUGCCUCUUUGGGGUUGUCGUUUCUCACUUUAAUCUUGUUUGGAAACAUGGCUUGCUUCAUUCUCUCCCUCGCAUGCCUCCCCAAUGCCAUUCACACAGAAGUACAGUGAUUCUUCCCACGCUAAGAUUCUACUCUGAAAACUGGCCCUUUCUUUUGCCUGACCUGAUAGUGGUGUAUACUCUCCUAUUCCAGCUACUAGAGUGACAACCAGUCUUAGCUGUUCCUCCACAGGGGGCUGGCUUCAAUUCCUUGUGCAUCAACAGACCUAAGUGGCCUGGAUUUGAGACUUAGUUAUAUCUGUGUAACCUCCUGAAGGCACAGGGGUUGUGCCCAGAUGUCAGGAGGGUAUACUUAAACAGAACUGUCAGCACUCAUGGUCGUAUGCAGGAAGGAAAGAUCCCAUUCUGAAGGACUGCUCAUUUAAAAAAAAAAAAAAAAGAAAACCUCUCUCCUUGUAAACUAAGAGUUGUCUCUUAGCAAUGAUCAAUAAACAUGGAACCCCAUGAUGUCUCUUCUUUCACAGUCACUCUUCAAAGUGGAAGUGGACUUUGAUAUUUAAUCUGGAAUAGACUCUCCUGCACACCACUGAACCCAUAUUGAUCAAUUCUGGCUUUCCAGUGUUUGUCAGCUGAAGCCAACUCUUAAGGCUGAGCCCCUCCCCAUUUUGUCUCUUCUUCCACAGUGUAUGUCAUCUUAUAACCAAUGAGCUGGGUUUCCAUAGUUCUCCCCCCACACACCCCAGUUUUAGAGGUUGAGACUGUAUUUUCAGCCUUGCAUUCAUAUCUCUUGGGCUUUGUUUAAAGCCCAUGGCUUCCCAUUGAUUAGAGAAAGAGUUACAUGGCUAAAACUCCAGUUCACUUAUUUAAAAAGUAAUUGGAACAGUUUGAAUGGAAAUUUGGUUUUAAGAGUUCAGCAGGCCUUAAAGCAAACACAACAAUGAAGCGUUUCCAUCGUGUCUGGCUGCAUGACAUUCUCCAUUGCUCAAGGUAGAGGCCUGAACGUGAGCAUACAUGAGGACACCUGCAAGGUACUGCUGCCACCUCUGAUCCCCAUAUGUGUUCUUUUUUUCCUACUCCUAGAUUAAGUGGUUCUAUCUCUUAUAACUGUCCAUGGGGAUCUUUCCUGUUUUAGUCCCUAGAGGGCUUCUUGCUGAUGGAUAGGCAGCUGUCACUUCUGUAGUUCCUUCCUACCACUGUUCCAUCCGGAACAACUGAGAAUACCCUGGUCUACCCUAAGCUGCAACCUGUGUACCUAGAAGUAAAGGAGGAUUCUAGCCAGUCUCAAGUAAAGAGAAGUCAAUUGCACUUCAAUGGCAGUAGUGAUAUAGAUGUCCUCCUGCGUGGGAGUUACUGAAGCCACCUGCCAAAGCCUUCGCUUCUCUCUGAUUCUCAGUGUGCAUCGGGUUAGGGAAUUACUUUUUUUGUGCUGUGGUUCUAAGCUUGUGUGUGCAUCCAGCUCUGAUCUUCACCUUUCUAGGCAAGCCGUCUGCCAUUGGCUAGUCAUUUAGGCCUUUAUGCAGCCUGUUCUCUGUGUUACAAUAAAACUACAGCUGGAGU